CAUUUGCGUUUCUUUCUUCUCCCGUUUUAAAGAAGAAAUUCUUUUGAGAGAAAUCAUUCCAUUGUUUUUCCAUGCCUAUUACUAGUGCAGAAUAUAUUCUCACUUAUUUUCCUAUUCGAGGACGUGCUGAACACAUCCGACUGUUACUGGAAGACUGUAAAAUACCGUAUCAACAAAACCUGAUUGCAAACGAAGAUUGGAAGCAACUCAAAGCUCAGGGUCCAGAAACCGGGGAGAUUCCUUUUGCCCAACUUCCUGUGUUGCAACAUGACAAGCUGUACUUGGCACAAAGUGGUGCUAUAGCUAGAUAUAUAGCACGUAGACAUAAAAAGUAUGGCCAAAAUGAGAUGGAAAUGAGCUUGGCAGAUAUGAUGUACGACACAGUGUCGGAUAUUCGUCAAGUUUAUAGAGAUUUCAUAUUUGAUGAAAAUUGGCAGGCAAAGAGGGAAAAGUUCGUUGAAAAUGCUUCCAACAGGUUUGCUCUUUUGGAGAAAUAUGUGAAUAGGAGGAAUACUCCUUAUUUGGUUGGAGAAGAUACUACUUUUGCAGACUAUCAUCUGUUGGAAGUUAUUCAUAUUAUCCAAAGAGUACAGAGUGAUAUUAUAAAGCCAUAUUCUUGGCUUGGUUCAUUUUGUCAAAAUAUGGAGUCUCGUCCCAAUAUAGCGGAAUAUUUAAAGUCCUCUCGUCGAUUUGAGAAGCCUGUACCUUUACCACAUGCUUGAAAGUAUAUACUCUCGAUGAGAACCUAUCCCAAUCGGAUAGAGAUAUUCGAGAGUUUCAUUUUAACCUCUUGUUCUCAAGUAAAGAUAUUUGUGUUUGUUGAGUAGAAA